GCCAAGAGGUUACAUAUUCAUCAGUCAAGUUGGAAAGUAGGUUUCAGAUAACACUAGCUUGCUAUCCCCUCCCAUUCCAGCUCACUGUGUAUUUAACCGAGCAGCUCAUACAGAUCCUGGCUUUGUCUCUUAGCUGCUGUGAGAGGAGCUCAGUACAGCUCCAAAAAUGAAUUCCCUGGUGUUUUUCAGUUUCACGGUGACUCUUCUGGUGUCACUCGUCUUAUCAGCAAGAUACCCUUACCAGCAAGUCCUGCAGCACAGUCGCAUCAGAGGCAGACAGCAUGGCCCCAAUGUUUGUGCAGUCCAGAAGCUUAUUGGCACCAACAAACAAUAUUAUGCAAACUGCAAGCAGUGGUAUCAGAGGAAAAUAUGUGGCAAAUCCACGGUAAUCACUUAUGAAUGCUGCCCAGGAUAUGAAAGGGUUCCAGGAGAAAAAGGAUGCCCUGCAGCACUUCCACUUUCAAAUAUUUAUGAAACUCUUGGAAUAGUUGGAGCGGCUACCACACAGUUAUAUUCUGACAGAGCAAACUUGAGACCAGAAAUCGAGGGACCUGGAAGUUUUACUAUCUUUGCACCGAGCAAUGAAGCAUGGGCUGCCCUUCCAGCUGAAAUAUUGGAUGCUUUAGUGAGCAAUGUUAAUAUUGAGCUUCUGAAUGCUCUACGCUAUCAUAUGGUGAACAGGCGUCUUCUUACUGAUGAGCUGAAACAUGGAGUGACUUUCCCUUCAAUGUACCAAAACCUGGAUAUACAUGUGCAUCACUAUCCCAAUGGAAUUGUAACAGUAAAUUGUGCCAGACUGAUAAAGGCUGACCACCAUGCCACCAAUGGAGUGGUCCACGUUAUUGAUAAAGUUAUCACAGCCGUCACAAACAACAUCGACCAAGUGGUUGAAACAGAGGAAAGCCUUGACACCCUAAGAACUGCUAUCGCCGCUUCUGGCCUGAACACCCUGUUAGAAAAUGAGAACAAACAAUAUACACUUUUAGCUCCCACCAACGAAGCCUUUGAAAAAAUACCUCCUGAAACAUUGAACAGAAUAUUAGGUGAUCCAGAGGCCCUAAAAGAUCUGUUGCACCACCACAUUUUAAACAACGCCCAGUGCUCUGAAGCUAUCAUCGCUGGAUCAUCCAUGGAGACACUUGAGGGCACCUCUAUUGAAGUUGGCUGCUCAGGGGACGAUCUCACACUCAAUGGAAAACCAAUCAUUUCUCGGAAAGAUGUUUUAGCUACUAAUGGUGUUGUACAUUUCAUUGAUGAAUUGUUGAUCCCAGAUGCAGCAAAAACUUUAUCUGAACUAGGUAAAGACAGUGAUGUCUCCAAAGCCAUUGAACUCUUCCAACAAGCUGGUCUUGGUUCCCACCUUGCCGUAAAUGAGCGUGUGACUGUCAUUGCUGCUUACAACAAUGCUUUUAAAGAUGGUACUCCCACUGUUAACAGAGACCUGACAAAUUUACUUCAGAACCACAUUAUUAAAGAAACACUGUCCUCCAAGUACCUUUAUCAUGGGCAAAUCCUGGAAACAGUUGGUGGAAAGAAGCUUCGUGUUUUUGUCUACCGAAAUGCUCUUUGCAUUGAAAACAGCUGUAUCGAUGCACACGACAAGAAGGGGAGAUAUGGAACAUUGUUUGUUGUGGACAAGCUGCUAACUCCACCCACCGGAAAUGUCAUGGAUGUCCUGAAAGCUGACAAUCGCUUCAGCAUGUUGGUAGCUGCUAUCCAGUCUGCUGGACUCACAGAGACAUUAAACAGAGACGGCACCUUCACUGUCUUUGCUCCAACAGACGAGGCAUUCCGUGCUCUUCCAAGAGGAGACAUGAACAAGCUUCUAGGUAAUGCCAAAGACCUUAGCAACCUUCUGAAGUAUCACAUUGGUGAUGAGAUCCUGGUCAGUGGAGCUGUCAGCCAACUUGUCCGGUUAAAAUCACUGCAGGGUGAAAAACUUGAAGCUAGUUCAAAAAAUGCCACAAUGCAUGUCAACAAAGUACCCAUUUCUGAAGCUGAUAUAAUGGCAACAAAUGGAGUAAUUCAUGCUGUUACCACCUUCUUGCAUCCACCAGCCAAAACACAAGAAAGAGGAGAUGAGAUGUCCGACACUGGCCUGGAAAUUGUUAAGCAAGCCCCUGUAUUUUCUAAGAUUUCCCAGAGAAGUGCCCGAUUAGUGCCCACGUACUCCAAGUUAAUGUCAAGAGUGAAACAGUAGCUGCUUUUAUGGGAGGAGAAAACUAAGGAUCACCAUAUGUGCCUUCAAGCAGCAAGAACAGAAUGUUUGUUUUGAAAUUCCAAUUAAAGAUUAUAUAAAAUGUCUUAAGAUAUUAAUGCCCUAAACAAAAUGCACACCCUUUUCUUUGCUUAGAAUAACAGAGCAAGGGAAAAACAUGUGCUAAUCUAAAACUAAACACACUUGUUACCAGCAAAUAACAGUUGUUCUUAAAAUAAAAACAGGUCUUUUAAAAUGCAAAUCUACAGAGUGUUGCCAGUAUUAAUUUGGCAGUUUUCAGUGUUCAAUUAGAUGUGCGAUCUCAUGUGUUAUGUUGUUGCAUUACUAUUCUUUAACUUUUUGUUUUUUAAAAUUGCCCAUGAUUGCUAUCAUUCAUUUUUUGAGGGGGUAUAUGGGAGGGGGGUUGCCUUUUUUUGUUGUUGUUUUUGUUUUGGUCUUUUUUUUUAUUUCUGACUCGACAACUCAUGUGUCAUGUACAAGAAAAUAAAGACAUAUUUUUAUGAGGA